AUGGUCAGCGACCUCGACCGCCAAAUAGAACAGCUCAAGCGAUGCCAGCCUCUGUCCGAGUCCCAGGUCAAGGAGCUCUGCCUCAAGGCGAGAGAGAUUCUCAUCGAGGAGGGCAACGUCCAGCACGUCGAUGCGCCCGUCACCAUCUGCGGUGACAUACAUGGCCAGUUCUUUGACCUCAUGGAGCUCUUCAAACACGGCGGGAUGUGUCCAGAGACAAACUACCUCUUUAUGGGCGACUUUGUCGAUCGCGGCUUCUACUCGGUCGAGACCUUCCUGCUGCUGCUUGCCCUCAAGGUGCGCUACCCGGAUCGAAUCACGCUGAUCCGCGGCAAUCACGAGUCGCGGCAGAUCACCCAGGUCUAUGGCUUCUACGACGAGUGCGCGAGAAAGUACGGCAGCGUCAACGUGUGGCGCUACUGCUGCGAGGUGUUCGACUACCUUGCCCUGGGCGCCGUCGUCGAUGGCCGAGUCUUUUGCGUCCACGGAGGGCUCAGCCCCAACAUCGAGUCGCUCGAUGAGAUCAGGGCCAUCGACAGGAAGCAAGAGGUGCCUCACGACGGCGCCAUGUGCGAUCUGCUCUGGUCCGAUCCGGAUGACAUCACCGGAUGGGGUAUGUCGCCCAGAGGAGCCGGCUACCUGUUUGGAAGCGAUGUGGUGGCCAAGUUUGCGCACACCAACGACCUCGACCUGGUCGCCCGGGCGCACCAGCUCGUCCUGGAAGGCUACAAGCUGAUGUUCGACCAGACGAUUGUGACGGUCUGGUCGGCGCCCAACUACUGUUACCGCUGCGGCAACGUCGCCUCCAUCCUCAAGCUCGACGAUGCGCUCAACCAAAAGUACGAGACCUUUGAUGCCGCUGCACAGGAAGCGCACGGCGUCCCGGCAAAACGACCGGCUCCAGAGUACUUCUUGUAG